CAGGCCCAGGGCUCGACCCCCGGACCACGCGCCCUGAUCGUGAGCUUCCGGACCGCCCGAGGCAGGAGAAGCCGCGCAUCCUGCAGGGCCGGACUGCGAGCGAGCCGACUGGGCGGAGGAGCAGCCGGGAAGUCGCCGCACCGGCAGGAGCCUAGGCCCCGGGCGCCGGCCUCACUCUGCUCGUGAAGGCGGGCACCCGUUCGCGUCGGCCGGCCCUCCCUGUUGCCCCCGCGUCCCUGUGCUUCGGCGCUCGCGCGCGGCCACCAUGAUGCAAAUCUGCGACACCUACAACCAGAAGCACUCGCUCUUCAACGCCAUGAACCGCUUCAUCGGCGCCGUCAACAACAUGGACCAGACGGUGAUGGUGCCCAGCCUGCUGCGCGACGUGCCCCUGGCCGAGCCCGGGCUGGACAACGAGGUCGGCGUGGAGGUAGGCGGCAGUGCCGGCUGCCUGGAGGAGCGCGCGCCCUCGGCCCCCGGCCCGGGCAGUGCCAAUGGCAGUUUUUUCGCGCCCUCCCGGGACAUGUAUAGCCACUACAUGCUGCUCAAGUCCAUCCGCAACGACAUCGAGUGGGGGGUGCUGCACCAGCCGCCGCCGCCACCAGCGGGGAGCGAGGAAGGGAGCGCCUGGAAGUCCAAGGACAUCCUGGUGGACCUAGGCCACCUGGAGGGCGCGGACGCCGGCGAGGAGGACCUGGAACAGCAAUUCCACUACCACCUGCGCGGGCUGCACACUGUGCUCUCCAAACUCACACGCAAAGCUAACAUCCUCACUAACAGAUACAAGCAGGAGAUCGGCUUUGGCAACUGGGGUCACUGAGGGGGGGGAACGCCGUCGGCUGUCCUGCACUCUCCCCAGCCCCUUCUCCCACCCUCUCUUUUCUCAAAGCUAUUUUCUUUCUGACUGCAGGGCGCGCUGGACGGACUGCAAAGUUGGGGAGCCGCGAACGUGCAGGGGAAGCAGAGAGGCUGCAUGGAGGAGGGGGACUCUUUGGGGAGAGGAAAGUGAUGGCAGGAGAAAAGGGGCUCAAGGACCUCCCAAUGAGGGAGGGAGAGGCCUACGUUCUGCAUUGGUAGGGAUGGGACUGGGCUGAAGCCCUGCCUUCAGCCUGUGCCUUUCCUGGAGUUUCUUUUCUGGCUUUCCGGAGAAGGGGCCCUUGCCAGGGCGCGGCGCCGGUUUGCCUCAUUUCAGCGCCGCCCAGAGCUGGGCGCAGAGGAAGGCGGGGCGCAAAGCCUCCUGCCGCCCUGCCAAUGGGCUGGUGGAGGCCGCAGCGUUGCUAGGAUUGCAUCAGUUUUCCUGUUUGCACUAUUUCUUUUUGUAACAGUGGCCCUGUCUUAAAUAUGUUGAAUCUCCUCCUUGCUCUGAAACUUAGGCAAUUCCAUUGUGAUAAGCGCACAAACUGCACUGUCUGUCGGUAACCGGUACUACUUUAUUGAUGAUUUUCUGUUACACUGUAUAGUUGUCCUGUGGCACCCUGACCCAACCCUUUUAUGCCACCAUGCCCUCACCCAGUGAGCGUAAAGUGGCACUGUGCGAAGCUUGCCACUUAGCCAGUGAAAAUAAUAGCAUUAUUAUGAGAAAGUGGACUUACCCAAAUGGAGCCAGCUGACAUUCUUUUCGUGUUGUACUAGAAUGAUGAAGGGUUCCGCUAUUGUUAUGUCUUAACUUUAUUUAAAAACUUUUUUUAAUCCAGAUGUAGACUAUAUUCUAAAAAAUAAAAAAGCAAAUGUGUUAACGAAACUCCA